AUAGCCAACACAGCGAUCUCCGUCACUUCCGGCACUGACGGACAUUUUGCACAGGAACAAAAUGGUGACAUCUUGGAUCAUAACAUUCCUAUUAUUCUAUAUACAAGACCUGGUACUUGGUCUUGGCGAGGAGUCGUGCUACUCAAAGAUAAAGGGGCAUUCCUACAACUGCGAGUAUGGAUGUUGUGGGAGUACCAACGACCAGAAAUGUUGUGACCCUCUCUCCAUGAUAGUCGGCAUCGGCAUCGGGUGCGUCAUCCUCGUUGCCACCAUCAUCGCAAUCAUCGUCUGCUGCAUCAAACAGCAGACUCGCAACAGACGCCGUCUCCAGCCCAGACAGAACGAGCAGGUCAACAUUGUGUCACAAGCUAAAGGCCCACCAGCCUACCCGGGCCACCCCUACGUAGAUUACUACCAAGACAGCUACAAGGGGCCGAUUCCACGUCCACCCCCUGGGUACCAGACACACCCCAACUACCCCCCUCCGAUGUACGUCCCUCCGGAUCAACAGCUUCUGUAUGGUGACCAGGGGGGUAAAGUCCAGACCCCAGAUGGUUCCGGGACAGUCCCUCCACCCCCCUACUCUUCAAACUGAAGUCCAAGACCACCAUCUUCGACCAUCGCCAUGAACAAGAUGUCAGCUGGAUGUUGCGGAUUUCGGAUGUACAGGCGAACGUCCAUUUUGGUCACAUUUUACCUUGCAUGGCAUUCAAGAGUCAAAUGUUCUUAACCCCAAUAUCGAAAAUAAUUUGGAAACAAUAUCCUAAAUGUGGAGAAAGUGUAAUAUAAAUUCAUGUUUCAAUCUUAUGGGGAAGAAACUGGCGUAGAUACCAGGGGAUGCCAUUUUACCCUGCAUGGCAUUCAAGAGUCAAAUGUUUUUAUUCCCAAUAUCGAAAAUAUUUUGGAAAAGAACCCCCUAUAUGUGGAUAACGUGUAAAAUAAAUUCAUUUCUUAAUUUUAUGGGUGAGACAUUGGCGUAGAUACCAACGAGGGAAUGCUAUUUUUGGCAGUUUUGGAAUGCAAUGCUUUUAUUCACCAAAUCGAAAAUAAUUUGGAAAAUUAAUAUUCUGUAUCUGGAUAACGUGUAUGUAAACUCAUGUUUUAAUUUUAUGGGGAGGAAAUUGGCGUAGACACCAACGAGUUACGUAACUGCGUGUUUUUGAAAAUAAUAUUUGGUGAAGAUGCCUUAAUUUAUACAUAGAAAAGAACCCCUGAAAAUGAAAGAAAUCUGAUGUCCUCUCAGACAAAUUGCUGAUACUAAAACUGCUGUAUUUGGAAACUACAUGUAUUUCAGGUGUCUGCCUACGGGGGCCUUCAGAUGUAUAUUUUUAUGAGAUUAUGUACAUUUUUCUUGCUUUUAGAUUGUAUAAUUAUAUGUUUAUUUGUUUGUAUUUAUGGUACAUUGUCAACCCUUUUCUAUAUGUGACGUGAAAGCUGCUGUUUUGUAUGUUCUGAACUUUAAGUAUGCCCUCAAAAGUACGUCGUGUUUCAAAUGUGACGUGCAAGUUUACUUCAACGUUUCCCAAAAUGGCCUUACCCCAGACAACAGUGCUAAAAGUCCCCUAGUUGAUUGUCAUCUUAUUUCCUGUAUGUUCAAUUAACGGCAUUCGAUCAAGAUGAGUCGUAUCGAAGCUCAUCAAAUAUUUAUCUUCAGACUGACAAUUGUAUUGAUUGUUCUACUCGAACAAAGCAUUUGAUGUAUAGUUGGUCUACAGAGAAUUCCAUAUGUUUUGUAGAGAGAGGUUGCGUGCAGCCAUGCGAACCAA